AUGCGCUUCCUUACCCAAACUGUUACUGUUUUCGCCUUGGUCACAGCUGUUUUGGCUGCCCCGACUAAUCUGAAGGGUGAUGCUUUGGCUCAGCGCCAGGAGUCGGAGGAACUUGAGCCGUAUGGCGCCUACGGAAAUGUGAAGCGCCAGGAAUCCGAAGAGUUGGAGCCUUAUGGCGCGUAUGGCAACGUCAAGCGACAGGAGUCCGAGGAAUUGGAGCCCUAUGGUGCUUAUGGAAAUGUCAAGAGACAAGAAGCUGAGGAGCUCGAGCCUUAUGGCGCCUAUGGCAACGUCAAACGCCAAGAAUCCGAGGAGCUCGAACCUUAUGGAGCUUAUGGAAACGUCAAAAGACAAGAGGCCGAAGAGUCGGAGCCUUAUGGCGCGUAUGGCAAUGUCAAGCGACAGGAGUCCGAGGAAUUGGAGCCCUAUGGUGCUUAUGGAAAUGUCAAGAGACAAGAAGCUGAGGAGCUCGAGCCUUAUGGCGCCUAUGGCAACGUCAAACGCCAGGAAUCCGAGGAGCUCGAGCCCUAUGGUGCCUACGGAAACGUCUAG